GCUAGCUCGCGUUAGCUUCAUGCAGCUAGAUGACGUAUUCUUUGGCUCUCGGUAUAAACACGGGCGGUCCGGUGUCCUCCGGUAAUUAGCCGCUCUCAGGCCGCUGCGGUCGGAUAAACCGAACUGUCCGGUGUCCGGGCGAACAUAACUGACACAAACCGACCUGUUCCGCCCGGUGUAAACGGUACUUUUUGCCGCCAGAAACUGUUUUCGCCAGAGCUGCGCAGAUAAUAAGGGUCCGGACCGGAGGACCGGAGCACCGGAGCACCGGAGCACCGGGGUACCGGGGUUUACCCGCUACAGUAACGCCGAAUUAACGGUCACUUUCCCGCCGUUGUACCUGUACAGCAGCAGCAGCUCUGACCUCCUUGUUUCUGUGGAUAUUACCGCGAAAAGAAGCCCCAUGGAGUUUCCCUGGAGCUUCUCCCGGUGCUCCGACACGGUGAGGUAACGGGAACGGGAACGAGACGGGGUUGCCUCACACACAUCAGUCAGCAGGAGCAGCAGCAACCUGUUGCCGGUUGCCGGUGACGCAGAGAGGAUGAGCGGAGCCGCCGCGCUGCUGCUGCUGCUGCUCAGCGGCACCGGGCAGCGGGCUGCGUUCACCGCCGCCAGGUCACUGAACGCACCGCAGGACGGAGGCGUUCUGGCUCCGGACGGACAGACGGACGGAACCGACAGUCUGACAGUGACGGGUGUGGACAGGUGGCGGCGCCCCCUGCUGGAGAAAACUCGUCCCUUCAUCGUGGUGGACGGACAGAGGAGGAGCCUCGCUGAAGCGCUGCAGGACGGUCACCCCGACAGGCUGCAGUCCGGGCUGGAGGUGGGAGGACGCCUCUUCCUGCUGGACCUGGAGAAGAACCAUGACCUGCUGCCCAAACCGCCCAACGUCUUCUACUACCUGCCCAACGGCACCGGGGUGUCCGUGAGAGCCGACCCUGUGACUCACUGUUAUUACCACGGCAGCGUCCGAGGCUUCCCCCAGUCCAGAGUGGCGCUGAGCACCUGCUCCGGACUCCGCGGCGUCAUCGCCAUCAACUCCACCCUGAGCUAUGAGCUGCGGCCUCAGGGGGAGGAGGAGAGUGGAACAGACGGGAGUGGAGGCAGUGGAGGAGGAGGAGGAGGAGGAGAUGAAGGAGGCGUCCACCUGCUGUUCUCCACCAGCCCUCUGGAGGGCGACGGUGCCGGAGGCUGCGGGUUGUCUCACACCGUCCCCCCCAUCCACAGCUCCACACACACACACCGGACGAAGCGGGACAUCCUGUCUGAGACCAAAUACAUCGAGCUGGUGCUGGUGGCCGAUAACCAGGAGUUUCUGAAUUACCAGAAGAACAAUAAGACCAUCAUCUACCGCAUGCUGGACGUGGCCAACCAGGUGGACUGGUUCUACCGUCCUCUGAACGUCCGGGUGGCGCUGACCGGUCUGGAGAUCUGGAGCGACCGGGAUAAGAUCCGGGUGGAGAAGAGUCCCACCGACACCCUCAACAAUUUCCUGGAGUGGAGAACCAGAGAGCUGCUGCCGCGCCUUCGCCACGACAACGCGCAGCUCGUCAUGGGCGGGUCUUUUGACGGCACCACCGUGGGGAUGGCGUCUCAGUCGUCCAUGUGCUCCAGAGACCGGUCGGGUGGAGUCAACGUGGACCACCUGGUCAGCGUGUUGGGCGUCGCCUCCACUGUUGCUCACGAGCUCGGUCACAACCUGGGGAUGAGUCACGACACCGCCGAGCGCCGCUGCUCCUGUCAGAACGAACCGCGGCUCGGAGGAUGCAUCAUGGAACCCUCGACCGGGUUCAUGCCGGGUCAGCAGUUCAGCAGCUGCAGCGCUGCAGAUCUGUCCGUCAGCCUGCUGCACGGCGGCGGUAUGUGUCUCUUCAACGUACCGCAGCCGGACCGCCUGCUGGGAGGCCCUCGCUGUGGGAACCUGUACGUGGAGAGAGGAGAGGAGUGCGACUGCGGCCUGAUGGAGGAGUGUGAGGACCCCUGCUGUAACGCCUCCACCUGUCAGCUGGUUCCUGGAGCCCAGUGCUCGUCUGACGGCAUCUGCUGCCACGACUGCAAGCUGCGGACGGCGGGGUCGGUGUGUCGCGAGCCACUCGGAGAGUGCGACCUCCCUGAGUUCUGCACAGGCUCCUCCCCUCACUGCCCCCCCAACGUCUUCCUGCAGAACGGAGAGCCCUGCGAGGACAGCGCCUCCUACUGCUACGGAGGAGUGUGCGCCAGCAUGCACACCCAGUGCCAGAUGCUGUGGGGACCCAAUGCCACCAGCGCUCCAGCCGUCUGUUUCUCAUCAGUCAACAAACAGGGGAACAAAUACGGAAACUGCGGUCAGCUGGCCAACGGCUCCUACGUCCCCUGUGGAAACUCUGACGUUCACUGCGGCAGGAUCCAGUGUCAGGGAGGGAGGGAGCGCCCCCUGCUGGGCACCAACGCAGAGAUCCUCACCACCACGGUACGCUUCAACCAUAGCGACCUGGUCUGCAGAGGAACCUUCUUCCACCUGGGGGAUGACGUGUCGGAUCCCGCCACCGUGGCCCAGGGCACCGCCUGCAGCCCCGGCAAGGCCUGUUUGAACCAGAAGUGUCAGGAUGUGUCGGUGUUCGCUGUGGAUGAAUGUCGCAGGAAGUGCAACGGUCACGGGGUGUGCAACAGUAAUAAGAACUGUCACUGCGAUGUGGGCUGGGCUCCACCGGACUGCAGGUACUCGGGUCACGGAGGCAGCGUGGACAGCGGGCCGGCCAGAGCCGCUCGAGGGCCCGACCCUGUCCGAGUGGCUCUGCUCGUCGUCUUCCUCUUCAUCCUGCCCGUGGUCCUCCUCUUCCUCGCUCUGCGCUUCCCCCGUCUCCGUCGGAGUCUCCUCUGUCUGGGACCCAACAGCCCGUUUCAUAAAGCUCGACAGCACAGCCGGACGCCGGUGAUGGAGCGAGCGGACGACAGGAACGGAGAGCAGGUCCGCCCUCUGAGAUACCACCUGAACCAGCCCACCGACAUCCCGCUGACCCCGCCCCACAAAGAGGUUCAUGACAGACCUGCUCCUCCCACUAAGCCACUCCCCCCUGACCCCACCCUAAAACCCCUGCCGCAGCGACCUGCCCCCCCCAGCAAGCCUCUGCCCCCCGACCCUCCCAGCCAGCUGCUGGUGAGCCGACCAGCGCCACCCAACAAGCCACUCCCACCUGACCCCGUCACACCUGGACAGGUCUCUGUUCCAUCCAAACCUGUGGUGCCCAUCAAGCCCCGCCUCCUGCCCCCGCCGUGCCACCCCCACAUCCCCCCUCACCCCGGCUACCCCGCCAACACCAAACCGCCGCACCACGGAGCCGUCGCACCUGCAGCCGGUCCCAGCAGACGACCUCCUCCUGCUCCUCCGCUUCGACCCGCAAACCCUCACAAAGUCGACUCGUCCCCGCUGUAACUCGGCGUGGAGGACGUGAGUUUGUCUGACAAACUCUCGAACGUCAGUGACGAAGAUGAUGAUGACUUAAUUAUCCAGUUUGCACUCGGUCAUCGGAUUUCUCUCUGAACCCUGUAAAUAAAAGCUCAGUGCCUUGCUCAGCAGCGCCGAACUUCGACCGACGGCUGCCGGAGAUGAUGUCACAUUAAAGUGUCUUGGUGUCGACGAUGCGGCGCCCCCUGGAGCCAGCAGGGGGUCAGUGCCUUGCUCGAGGAACCUGGGACGGGAAUCAAACCUGUGUUUCUCAAAGUAAAGACUAAUUAGCACAGUGGUUCCCAAACUGUGGUCCAGGGCCCUCUGCAGGACCCGGAACAGGCUCCUCUGGAAAUGAGAAAUCUUUUUUAGGCUCCAGAUGUUUUAGCAAAAUAACAUAUUUUCUUUUUUUCUUCAGUCCUGCAAAUCUUUUUCGUGGAGUCGGAGUUCGGAGAUCUGAAACACGUGAACAGUCGAAGUUAAGACUUGAGAUUAAGGACGUAGAAGAUGAACAGCUGUCGGACCAAGUGGCGGCCGAAACCUGUCUGAGAUUUUUAAAAUGAAGUUGAAAAAUUGGAGAAAACAAUAUAUAAAUAUUUAUAUUUUAUUUUUUCAGAAUAAAGUUGUAACAUGUCGAUAAAGUACUUUCAAAAAGUGACAACAUUACAACUUUAUAAUCAGAAGAUUACAACCAAAAUAUUCCAGCUUUGUUCUCUACGAUCUUUGAGUUUUAAAAUUAUAAAUAUUUGGACUUUAUUCUUGAAAUCUCAGACUUGUUUUUGCCGCAGGGAUUGUAUUUUAGCUUUGCUCUAAAAUCUUAAAAUUCUUGUUGCUGGAUCGAAGGAAGCUCCUUCGCUGACGUGAUAAACGCGUUCUGGAUUUUCUAACGAUGAGAUUCUUGUUGGACUUCAGGCUGGACGUGAACUGGAAGGAGUGCUGGAUCAGGUUUUUAUUUUUCUAACCCGCCUUGAGAUUUCUAUCGGAGACAGUCAGGAAUGUAACGAGUGUUCGUGACCUUACGCCAAAGACGAAUGAUGUAAAAGAUGCUGUAACAUUUAUCUGACCUCUCCUGCUGAAGGAAGAAGUUUGUAUUUGCCUUUUCCGGGUAGAGAUGGAGGACGCGUAGCUGAACUCUGUGAUCAGCUCAUUAGUGGAAGAGAAUAAGUGAGAAAGACAUAAUCAUAACAGGGCGGAACAAUUAUUCCAAAUCUUAUCAAUAUCGCAAUAUGGCUUUAUAAAUCGCAGGAGGUGCAGAAGGCUUUAUGUGUCAAUCUAGCUUUUCAAAUUAAAUAUCUUGCUGCAGCCUUCA